CGACGCGCUAGCUCCCGGCAAGGCCGAAAGCUAUUUAAUAUAAUAAUAACGAUAAUAAUAGUAAAAGGAUACGCGUCGAACCACCUCUUUAUCUUACACCGUGGCAGUAAUUUUACAUAACCUUUACGCCGAGGAAGAGAACUAAAAAUGGUAAAAAUUGCCCUUAGAGUUAAAGCAACUUUAGAAAACAUUGAAGAACUAAAACCCUUUGGUCCUGAAUUCCGUUGGUGUCUGAAGUUUACAUGUUCUAAUUGUGGAGAAAAAUCAGAAAAAUGGAAUUACGUCUCUUUAUCUGAUGAAGUUCCAGCUCAACACGGAAAAGACACGUAUCAUUUCUCUAGCAAAUGCAAACUUUGCUCUCGAGUUAAUACUGUUUCAAUAAUUAAAGAUUCAAUUAAAUCAUAUACAAUUGAUGAUCAGGACACAUUUAAACCUUUAGUAGUAUUUGAUUGUCGUGGUGUUGAACCAAUAGAUUUUUCAGCUCGAGACGGUUGGACAGCUAAAGCUAUUGAUGGAGGAAAGGAAUUUACAGACGUUGAUUUAACUGAAAAUUCAUGGGCUGAAUAUUGUGAUAAAAUCAAACAACCAGUAGCCAUUUAUGAAAUUGAACAUACUUUUGACAGAGUAAAGUAAAUAUAAUAAGAAACAGGGACGGAGAAAAAUGAAGUUUAAUAAGAUAAUAAAUUUUUCUUUAAAUAACAA